GUGAGUGGCCAUGGAGUUGGGAAGUCCUGAAUUAGUACACUUUGAGCAACCGCCCGGUUUCCAUCUGUGUAUUUGGGGGCUGUUUACUUUUACAGCAUGGCAUCUCCAAGUGUUUUAACAGAUGGAAACUAAAAGAUUGAUUGGUAAAACCCUCCAGCCAGCAAGACCUGUGCGCCACCUCUCUUCUCAUGCAUCCUUUUCCACAGUAUCAACAGGCCCUGUUAACUUUCAGUUUCCAUGUAGUGCUCCUGUCUUUUUACAUAAUGAAAUUAGUUCAAUGUGUAAAUCUAAUGGAAUGCUGGUCUUAAAUGAAAAUGUGAUUCCUAGUCUGUCAGAGCAGCAUAAACAUGAAGUCACAAAAGAAAGAAUAACAUAUAGCAGAGAUUUCCUUCUGAAACUUUCAGGGGUUUCACUUGCUCAAAAGAAGCCAGAAUUUCUUCCUGAUCACCCUGUGGUACUAGAAAAACCAGUAAGUAUUUGA